UCUUCUUUUGCAUAAAAGGAUGCUGCCACAGAGAUGGUGUUGGAGGACGCAGAGAAAGUUGGUGCUCGCGAUUCCUUGUCGGACGAUACCAGAUCAUUCCACUAGGGAAGAGCAACCGAUCAUCGGAUGGCAAAGCUCGCGGGAACGAUCGUUUGCUGCUACUGGAUCACUGUGGUGGCCUCCUCCUCCUCGUCUCCCGCGAUCGGAGUGAACUGGGGGACGUUUGAGUCCGUGAAGCUGGAUCCCAGAGCAGUGGUGGAGAUGCUCGAGGCCAACGGGAUUGGAAGAGUGAAGCUCUUUGACGCGGAUCCAGCGGUCGUGGGCGCUUUCAGGAACAGCAAGAUCGAGCUCACGGUGGCGCUGCCAAACGAGAUGCUGCGGCUGGUGGGAUCGCUCCCGGCGGCAGCUCGCAAUUGGGUUCGUAGGAACGUGACGCGCUACAUCCGAGAGAACGUCAAUAUCAAGUAUGUAGCGAUCGGCAACGAGCCCUUCCUCAAGAGCUACAAUGGGAGCUAUCAAUCCUACACGUACCCAGCGCUGAUCAACAUCCAGAACGCGCUACGCGGCGGCGACGAAGGCACCCGCGCCGUCAAGGCAACCAUCCCCAUGAACGCCGACGUGCUGGCGGAGACCGUACCCAUGGUCCCAUCGGCGGGCGCAUUCCGUACCGAUGUGGCCGCCGAGAUGAUCCGCAUCGCCGCCGCGCUCGCCGAUCACGCGUCGCCCUUCACGAUCAACAUCUACCCCUUCCUCAGCCUGGCGCAGGAUCCAUUCUUCCCCAAGGAAUUCGCCUUCUUGGACGGCGCCGCCCCGCCGCUCGUCGAUGGCGAUCGAUCCUACUCCAACGCCUUCGCCGCCGCCUACGAUACCCUAGCCGCGGCGCUCGCGAGGAUCGGCUUCCCGGACAUGGCGAUCGUGGUGGGAGAGAUCGGCUGGCCGACCGAGGGGCAUCCCGACGCCACCGCUACAAAUGCUCAGCGAUUCAACCAGCGGCUCGUGGAUCACAUCCUGGACGGCGCCGGGACGCCGAUGCGCGCGGGGCCGAUGGAGAUCUUCCUCUUCGCGCUGCUCGACGAGGACCAGAAACCUAUCGCGGCUGGAAACUUCGAGCGCCACUGGGGAAUCCUCGCAUCCGACGGGGCGGCAAAGUACACGCUCAACCUAACAGUUUUGGGCGGGACAACUUCAAAUUCAAAUUCAAAUUCAAAUUUGAAUUUGAAUUCUUCCCGCCCGGCUAUGGCGCUGAACGGGGUUAUGGUUCGUCACCUCCCCAGCAAGUGGUGCGUGCUCAAUCCCGACGCCGAUGUCACGCUCGUCGGCCAGAACAUGGAGUACGCUUGCAGCUUCGCCGAUUGCACGCCGCUCAUGUAUGGGGGAUCGUGCAACGAGAUUGGGGGCGAUGGGAACGCCUCCUUCGCUUUCAAUAGCUACUUCCAGAUCAAUCAGCAGGAGCGCCACUCCUGCCACUUCGAUGGAUUGGGGACAAUCACCAAAGUGGAUCCAUCGCUGGGAUCUUGCGUCUUCCGGAUUGGAAUCCAGUCGGCCGCCACCAGGAGGAGCCAGAGCUGGAUCACAGCAGUAGCUUUAAUCUUUCCUCUCUUUUCCUCGCAAAUACUUACAUCGCUUCCUUGAAAA